GCUGAGUCCAGUAUUAGAUUUAUAAAAAAACUUGUAGAAGAAAAACUUUGUGAGAUUUUGCACAAAAAUUAAUUAAAAGUUGUUAAUUGUGAUUUUAAAAGGAUCAAAAGAUUUCAAUUAACAUAAAUUAAAAUGCCAGCACCAACUACAGAACCAGCACCUCCGCGAACAGAAUUGCAAGAAUUGCAAUUAAAAGCAACAGAGAAGACCGAUGAAUCCCUUGAAUCGACUCGCCGGAUGUUGGCUCUUUGCGAAGAGAGCACAGAAGUGGGGAUGCGUACCAUCGUUAUGCUGGAUGAACAAGGAGAGCAAUUGGAUCGUAUUGAGGAGGGUAUGGAUCAAAUUAAUGCUGACAUGCGAGAGGCUGAAAAGAAUUUAAGUGGAAUGGAAAAAUGUUGCGGCAUUUGUGUUCUACCAUGUAAUAAGAGUGCAUCAUUUAAAGAAGAUGAUGGAACAUGGAAAGGAAAUGAUGACGGAAAAGUUGUUAAUAACCAGCCACAGCGCGUAUGUGACGAUAGAAAUGGUCUUGGACCACAAGGAGGAUACAUCGGAAGAAUAACAAAUGAUGCUCGUGAAGAGGAAAUGGAAGAUAAUAUGGGACAAGUAAACACAAUGAUUGGUAAUUUAAGAAAUAUGGCUCUUGAUAUGGGAUCAGAACUUGAGAAUCAAAACCGUCAAAUUGAUAGAAUCAAUCGUAAGGGUGAAUCUAAUGAGACGAGGAUAGCAGUGGCUAAUGAAAGGGCACACGAUUUACUUAAAUAAGCUUGUCAAAAGUUUAACUUGAAUUUGCAAUUCUUCUUUCUGACAGAGAAAAGAGUCAUUAAAGAAAUUAUCAACUUUACACUCUUUGCUAAAUACAUUAUCUAUCUAUAUUAACUCAAAACAGAAAAUGAUUGAUAAAAAAUAUUUAUUAAUUACAAGAAACAAGUAGUGAUUUAUGCAAAAAAAAUCUCUUUAAAAUUAUAAUGCCAAUAUAUCUCCUAAUCUCCCACACUUUCGAAAUGAACUAAAAAUUAAUAAAUUAAUAAAGACAAUUACAUUUAAAAUUCAUCAUCAUUAAUUUUCUGGCAUCAGAAUAAAUAGAAAUAUAAUUUAUAGAAGCUUUAAAACUCCACUGCUUUUAUUUUUCUAGCAAUCAGCUACAAGUAUGUCAAUCUUUAGUAUACACUAGUGUAACUCUAAUCAUAACACUGUAUGUCCUGAUUGCUAGAUAUGCUUUUGAAUCAAAGGGUGCGGAACUGAUAAAUCACGUUUUGAUCAGAUUCACUCCCUUAUUUGAUUCAAAGCAAGAAUAUUGCUUACCC